AUGCAAUUCAAGAACGCUUUGACUGUUGCUCUUCUAAGUGCCUCCGCUCUAGCUGCUAACUCAUCUACUUCCAUUCCAUCUUCAUGUAGUAUUGGCACUGAAGCCACCGCUACUGCUCAAGCUGAUUUGGACAAAAUCUCUGGCUGUAACACCAUUGUUGGUAACUUAACCAUUACCGGUGACUUAGGUUCUGCUGCUUUGGCUAGUAUCCAAGAGAUCGAUGGUUCUUUGACCAUCUUCAAUGCCACUUCACUAUCUUCCUUCUCCGCUGACUCCAUCAAGAAAAUCACCGGUGAUUUGAACUUGAAGGAAUUGACUAUUUUGACCAGUGCUUCUUUCGGCUCUUUGCAAGAAGUUGACUCCAUCAACAUGGUCACUUUGCCUGCCAUUUCUACCUUCUCCACCGAUUUACAAAAUGCUAACAACAUUAUUGUUUCCGACACUACUUUGGAAAGUGUUGAAGGUUUCUCCACUUUGAAGAAGGUCAACGUUUUCAACAUCAACAACAAUAGAUAUCUAAACUCUUUCCAAUCUUCCUUGCAAAGCGUCUCCGAUUCUUUACAAUUCUCUUCCAACGGUGACAACACCACUUUGACUUUCGAUGAUUUGGUCUGGGCCAACAACAUCACUUUGAGAGAUGUUAACUCUAUUUCUUUCGGUAGUUUACAAACUGUUAACGCUUCCUUGGGUUUUAUUAAUAACACUUUGCCAAGUUUGAACUUGACCCAAUUGAGUAAAGUCGGUCAAUCUUUGUCUAUCGUAUCCAACGAUGAAUUAUCCAAGGCUGCUUUCAGUAAUUUGACUGCCAUUGGUGGUGGUUUCAUCAUUGCUAACAACACCCAAUUGAAGGUCAUUGACGGUUUCAACAAGGUCCAAACUGUUGGUGGUGCCAUUGAAGUUACUGGUAACUUCUCGACUUUAGACUUGUCUUCUUUGAAGUCUGUUAGAGGUGGUGCUAACUUCGACUCUUCUUCUAGUAACUUCUCUUGUAAUGCUUUGAAGAAGUUGCAAAGUAACGGUGCUAUUCAAGGUGACUCUUUCGUUUGUAAGAACGGUGCUACAUCUACCUCCGUUAAGUUGUCUUCCACUUCUACUGAAUCUUCCAAGAGCUCUGCCACAUCUUCUGCUUCUUCCAGCGGUGAUGCUUCCAAUGCACAAGCUAACGUUUCAGCUUCCGCUAGCUCUUCUUCCUCUUCUUCUAAGAAGUCUAAGGGUGCUGCUCCAGAACUUGUUCCAGCCACUUCAUUCAUGGGUGUCGUUGCUGCUGUUGCCGUUGCCUUACUAUAA